UUUCUACAUAGUCCAAUGCAUGUUGGUUUCAUCUCCAUGGAACCUAAUAGUCUCUUCAUCCCUCAAUACCUUGAUUCCGAUCUUGUCCUCUUUGUUCAUCACGGGGAAGCAAGAGUUGGAAACAUCUAUAGGAAUGAAUUAGUAGAAAGGCAUUUGAAGCAUGGAGAUGUGUACACAAUACCUGCUGGAUCAGCUUUCUAUUUGGAGAAUAGAGCUGAAAACGAGAGACUUCGCAUUAUUUGCAGCAUUGAUAUUAACUCAGAAUCCAUGGGAUGGCAUGCUUUCCAGUCUUUCUUCAUUGGUGGUGGAAUUCAUCCAGCAUCCGUUCUUGCUGGAUUCGAUCAUAACACAUUAUCAACAGCUCUUAAUGUCUCGACAGCAGAAUUAAGGAGGUUCUUGACCAGGCAAUCUUCCGGACCAAUCGUGCAUUUAUCUGGUUCUCAUCACACAGACGUUUGGACCAAAUUCGUAGCCCAAGAAUCCCAUCAGAAACUAGCGCACUUGAAGAGGAUUGUGAAUUUGGAGAAAGAAGUUAGACCAAAAGAGGAGGAAUCAACAUGGUCAUUGAGGAAAUUUUUGUGUGCUUUAUUAAAAAGAAAAGAUGUUGUCAAGAGAGGGAAUCACAAAGCUCCAUCAGCGUACAAUCUGUACAACAGGAAGCCCAAUUUCAAGAAUGACUAUGGAUGGACCAAGAGUGUGGAUGAGUCUGAUUAUUCUCCUCUACAACAAUCUGGCAAUGGCGUUUACCUUGUCAAUCUAUCUCCGGGAUCCAUGAUGGCACCUCAUGUAAAUCCAAGAGCAAUAGAGUACGGAGUAGUGUUGAAAGGGACUGGCAGAGUUCAAAUUGUGUAUCCGAAUGGGACUUUAGCCAUGAAUGCAAGAGUACGACAAGGGGACGUCUUUUGGGUGCCAAGGUACUACCCAUUCUGCCAUAUUGCUUCAACGAAUGGCCCAUUUGAGUUCUUCGGCUUCACAACAUCAGCAAGGAGGAACCAUCCUCAGUUCUUGGUGGGUAGGAACUCAUUGAUGCAGAGUUUGAGAGGGCCAGAAUUUGCAGCUGCAUUCGGAAUUGGUGAGAAAAGGCUUAAGAGGAUUGUUAAUGCUCAACGUGAACAAGUCAUCUUGCCAUCAUCAUCAGAUUCUCCUGACGACGAGGCAAUGUAC